UCUCUAUUCCUUUCAGUUUCGUUUCUUGUAUCCUUCUUCUAUUUUUUCGAUUUGUAACAAGCUUAACUACAGAUUGUUCACGCAUCAGCCGUUGCACAUUUAAUUUUAUUUUAUUUUUCAAGCAAAACGUGCGUUUUACAUCAUCGUUUCAGGAAGCUUCUCUAUCACUAGCACCUGCGAAGAACGAAGAUUGCAACCAGAGGAAGAAGAAGCAUAGUACUUCUCAAAACUCGUUUCAAGACGUCGAUGCCAUUUCUAGUUGCAGCAAUAGCAAUUGCAGUGAGGCUUCUUCUACGUCUAUUGAAGUUCCUAGAGGUUGCCUCAGGUUUUCUCUCUAUCACCACUCUUCCUCUCCUUCUAAUUCGAAGUCGAAAAUUCCUAUUGAAAGACCCAAAACUCCCAAAUCAGCCCCAAAUGGAAGGGUCUCAAAGCUAUCCAUACCCAAGACCUCAAAGGAGAACAAUCUGUCAAAAUCAACUGUUGAAGAAAACCCAGAUAGCCUCGUAUUACAGAAAGCGCCCAGAUCCAAGAAAAACCCACCUUGCCUGUACCAGUGGCAAUCUGGGAAAAAAACCCAUUCUAGAACUGCGCAAAAGUCGAAAAAUUUUGUAGUCUUGAACAACUGUGGCGACUCUGCGAAUAAGCUACCGUUUGGAUCUGAAGGAAAAGGCCUGGUGAGGAUGGUUGAUGGAAAAAGGCUACUUUGCCGACCACUCAAUUUGACCGCUGAAAAGUCUGAAACUACGUUGUCACUAGAAUAGACUCCAGGGGCUGGUAGUGUAUGUCCAGUCAGUUUCCAAUAGGCAAUAGAUUUCCUUCGAAAAUUCGGAGACGGCAAACCUCCCUAGGACCCUGUCUACCUGCCUCUCUAUUGUUUUUCAUUUACAAAGAUCGUCUCUAGACUCUUUCCCGCAUCUCUCUUCAUGACAAACGAAAAUGUUGACUUUUCAUUGAGAAGCAGCAGCCUACCCCCUCCUAUCUGAUCUGUUAUUUCCUAAUAAAGCUUUUGAUCACAAUUGAUCUCUCCGUCUCUCUCUCUCUCUCUCUCAAUUCCUUAAGCUUUUCAUCAUCAUAGUGACUUUGUUAAUGGCAGUUAACUGCUCAAACUGCCACACCUCGCUACAGCUUCCUUCAGAGGCCCAGUCCAUUCGCUGCCCAAUCUGCCAUGCCAACAAUCCCAUAGACAUAGCCGACCCAGCCCUCUGCCUCCCACCGCCAUCAUCAUCUUUCUCUUCCUCCUCCUCCUCUGAUCACCAUAACCAUGAUUAUCCUCACGCCCCACCCGCCAUGGCUCCAUCUCCUUACAACCACGCGCCUCUCGGUCCCCCUCCCUCCGUCCAUGGCCGCAAGCGGGCCGUCAUCUGCGGCAUUUCCUACAAGAACUCCCGGCGCGAGCUCAAGGGUUGUAUCAACGAUGCCAAGUACAUGAAGUACUUGCUGGUCAAGCGGUUCAACUUCCCCGAGUCAUCCAUUCUCAUGCUCACCGAAGAAGAAGACGAUCCUUGCAGGCAUCCAACCAAAAGUAACAUCAGAAUGGCAAUGUGUUGGCUUGUCCAAGGUUGUCAAGCAGGGGACUCCUUGGUUUUUCACUAUUCUGGUCAUGGUUCACAGCAAAGGAACUACACUGGAGAUGAGAUUGAUGGAUAUGAUGAAACACUCUGUCCCGUAGAUUAUGAAACUCAGGGAAUGAUUGUUGAUGAUGAGAUCAAUGCAACAAUUGUCCGACCUCUUCCUCUUGGAGUUAAGCUCCAUGCAAUUAUUGAUGCUUGCCACAGCGGUACCGUAUUAGAUUUACCAUUUCUCUGCAGGAUGGAUGGGGGUGGAAGCUACACGUGGGAGGACCAUCGCCCUAGAUCAGGUAUGUGGAAAGGAACAAAUGGGGGGGAGGUCAUAUCCUUCAGUAGCUGUGAUGAUAGUCAGACCUCAGCAGACAGUUUGGAUCUAUCUAGGAUCACAUCAAGUGGUGCCAUGACUUAUUCUUUCAUCCAAGCCAUUGAGCGUGGAACUGGAACUACAUAUGGAGCUAUGCUAAACGCUAUGCGAUCUACCAUCCAUAAAAGAGAUGACAAUCAAGGGGGUGGUGGUAUAGUGUCAUCUGUUCUCACCAUGCUUUUGCCAGGAGGGAAUGGUGGCGGGUUGAAACAGGAACCUCAGCUUACUGCGAAUGAAAUAUUCAAUGUGUAUUCGAAGCCUUUUUCCCUAUAGACAUCAAAGCAAUCUUUCCAUCCUAACGCUCAUAAUCUUUAUUCAGUGUGGCCCUUGAGUAUGUAUGAAAACCGGAAAACCCCAUUUCUGCAAUCUCGUACUGAUUGAUUUCAGUCUUUAAGGAUUUUUGCCACUGUUAGCAUGUUCGGAUUUUCCCUGAAUUCUUCACAGGAAGAUGUCAUGCAUGGCUUAUUUGAAUAAAAUAAGCCUCGAGGGCUUGGGCACCAGAUCCUGGUUUUGAAGCGAGUAGAAAACUCAAAUGGGGAUUGAUUUUUUGUAGGGUAGCUGACCAUCAUUUCAGUUCUGGAUUGCAGUUAUCUAAUUGAAGAUCGAAGUUGUCCAUCGGAUGUAACACGUUGCUUGCACAGAGAAGGGGAGAUCGAAGGACAGGACGAUGGAAGGGUUGGAAAUCUGCUAAGGGUGAAGUACGUAGCUCGGGCAAAGUACACUGGUAGUUCAGUUAGUUUAGUCUUCUGAGUUGCUGAUGGGCCAUGGGCUCCGAUUUACUUUUAUUUGGUGUUUCUUUUGUUAUGUCUUUUAUCUAAUGGGCCCAGUGUGUUAUGGCCUGCAGUAGUAGAUUGUAUUAGUUGUGAUGGGCUUAAUAUGGACUACUUAGCCCCUGUUUAGAUUAAAAAUUCGCAUUAACUCAUUUCAUUUAAUUAUUAUAAUUUUUUUAAA